AACGAAAUACAUACAAACGUGGUGAAUUGGCGAAAAGUGUGUUUUUAUUAUAAAGAACUAUCAACGUUAGCACAAUUUACUAACCCUCCAUAGUAGAGUCUCACAUAGUAUUGUGGACAUAAAAAAAAUUAUAUAGAAAUUAAUGAUUAUGAAUUCGUUUUUGAUGAAUUCAACAAAUGUGCCAGGUGUUGUACCUGGCUCAUAUCAUCAUCAUCAUUUGGGUAACACCACCGGCAAUACACCAAAUGUAUUAGUUGAUCCAAAAUUUCCACCUACCGAAGAGUAUAGUCAAAAUAACUAUAUACCUAGUGAUUUUAAAACGUCUAGUGAUUUUUUCUCAAAUUCCAACCAAUAUCAUUUGCAAUAUGGAUAUCCACAUCAAGCAACAUCCACUCCAUACGGUGCACCACCACCUCAUCAUCCAAAUAGUGGUGCACCUAUUUCAAAUGGUUAUCCUAGUUAUCCAACAAAUUAUUACCAUCCACAUCAAAUACAUCCACACUCAAAUAUACAUCAAUUAACACGACAACCUGGAUUACCACCAGGAAUUCAUCAUGGACACGAUAAUUCACAACUACAAUGUGCCCCGGGUGAUGGAAAUUUACCAACGUCAGCUGUCGUAUCUUCCGCACCAAAUUCCAUAGCAUCAUCAAUGUUACCAUCAAAUUUAAGUGAUAUACCACCACCUGGAUCUACGGAUCCAUCAAUUGUGUCGGCGGUAUCGUGUAGUCCUGUAUCAAUUUCGCAUCAAGAUCAUAUGCAUCACUCACCACAAAGUGGUGCACAAGCACAGCCACAAUUACAUGAAUUAGGAAUGCGUAUGGAACGCAUGGAAGAUACCGGCGGAUCUGAUGGGCAAGAUGAUAUUGAUGAGGAUCAAUUGAUGAUGGAUGGAAGUCCGUUGAUGGACGAUGACGAAGACGAUGAUUCAGAAAAUGGAGAUCGUGUAAUUUACCCGUGGAUGAAAAAAAUUCAUGUGGCUGGAGUCGACAAAUCGAAAUUCAAGAUGGGAUUAGGGGCGUACUCCUCUACUUCAGAAGCUAAUGGAUCUUUUACACCAGGAAUGGAACCAAAAAGACAACGUACCGCAUAUACUAGACACCAAAUUUUAGAAUUAGAAAAAGAAUUCCAUUACAAUAGAUAUUUAACGCGACGAAGACGAAUUGAAAUCGCCCAUACAUUAGUAUUGUCAGAACGACAGAUAAAAAUAUGGUUUCAAAAUCGUCGAAUGAAAUGGAAAAAAGACAAUAAAUUACCAAAUACAAAGAAUGUAAGACGGAAAACAAAUCCAGCAGGUGUGACAACAACAACACCAAAUUCCCAAAAUAAUUCACAAAGUCCAAAAACAAAUACAUCACCAAAGAAUGGUGGUCGAUUAUCAAAUAAAUUAAACAAUAAUGAUAAACGAAAAAAUAAUCGUAACGAUAUGGAUUUAAUAAAUGGUAAUAAUAAUUUAAUGAGUGAUCAUACAAAUAAUAGUUUAAAUCAACAAAAUCAACAACAAAUCGGUCCAAUGGGUCCAAGUCCGAUACAUCAUCCGCAUCAUCCAAGUACGUAUCCAACAGAUCCAACUAUACAUUUAUCGUCAAUUGGCCAAAUAACACCUUUAACACCUGCAACGCAAGCGCCUUGUACACCAACAAUAAAAUCGGAUUACGGUUUAACUGCACUUUAA